AUGCCUCGGCCCCUAUCACUGCCGUAUUGCUUCUUCGACGGAAACCUCAAAGACGAAUUCCUUUCGCGGUCGCGCUACAGCCCGAGGCCGAAACCACAGACCGGAUUCGACCGAGGAUGCGAAAAAAGGUUCGCCGAGUCGACGUCUGCGCUCGCCGUCGGGAUGUUCGCAGACACCUGGCGAGUUUUCACCGACUUGGUUUUCUCUAAAAGAAACGGGAAGACGGUCCCGUGGAGACGUCGCCCGUUCGCGUUCGAUCCCGGCCAGGCGCCUCGAGAACUGGCUGGCUCGAACCGCUGUUCCUUCGGUUUUCUGUUCGAAUGCGAGACGGAGUGGAACGACCGGCGGACGACCGGGGACUCCGACUCCGUCGGACGAAGAAAAAAUCGGCGGGGCGGGAGUGAAGAUUUCGAGGAAGUGCGGAAAGAGAGACGGAGCCCGGUCGGCCCUCGGAACACCCGGACGGACGGACCCACAGACCCACGGACACGCGGGUCACUCGCCGUACACGAAGAGAAAGGACUUUCAUCCGGGUUUCUCUACGAUCCUCCCUUGCAUCCACCGCGAGGCCUGAUUUACCGAUACGCCGUGCUCGCUUCGCCUGCGUUCCCCUUUGUCACGUCGCUUGGCCGUCCGGUCCCGAGGGGGCCGACGAGGGAUUCCAAUGGACCUCAAAAAGUUCACUCGGCUGACGUCACAUCCUGGCUCUCGCAGACGUUCCUGAUUUUAAGUUGCCUGCUGGGAGGAAUCCUCGGUGCCCCGUCCGAGGCGUCGUGGAGAUGGAGCCCCGAGCCACGAAUACAUCGUCGUUAUGAGCCGAGUUUGGACGAUAGCAUUUCCUACACAGAACUUCCCGGUUCCCUGGAAUAUUAUACGGAUGCGGGUCACCUCGGUGUGGCUAACGGUCACCUCGGUGAAGUCAGCGGUCACUACGGCGAGGUCAACGGUCUCUACGGCGAGGCCGACGGUCACUACGACGAGAUCGACGGUCACUACGGUGAGGCCGAUGGUCACUACGGCACCGCCGGUGGGUAUCAUCCGUCUUCGUUCGGGGAUCCAAACGCGUACGGGGGGUCGUGGGAGAAUUCCGAGGUCCUCACGUUCGACGACGUCUACGAGGGCAACACUGCCGACCUCCGGCUUCAACUCCUUCGGCCUUCCUACGACGGACGACCCGUGAAUCAGGCGUAUCCCGACGGGACCGUCGAUUACGGGAAACUGGCAGCUUAUCGACGGAACACUCUGUAUCGGAACGACGUGCAGCACCUGUCGAUCGCUCGAGACUCGGACCGCUGGGUCUGGAGACGCUCGAAGAAGUCGUCGGACCGAGAGGCCAAGCUCUAUAGUAGUUUCGGGGGUCACGGGGACUCGUACGGGCACGUGGCAUCCGUCUCGUCCGACAGCGGCACCUAUGGCGCUCAGGGUCCCGACGAUCAUCCGUAUUCCCAGGCCUCGCAGGGGACCUAUCCCUACGCGCAGAGUUUCACGUCCGAGUCGCAUCCGUUCUAUCGACCGGUCGAUGGAUACGACGAUGGGGAAUCGGACGAGCCGGGACGGUACGAAGACCAGGAUGCGUCUGCACCUCACGACUACGGAGAUGUUUCGUCCUACGAGAAUCACAACGGAAUUUCGUCUUUGAGUUCUCAGUCCCCGGCCUACCAAUACGCCACGGAAGGUCACGAGGGUUACGGUCAACAAUACGACGGCUACGGUCAACAAUACGACGGCUACGGUCAACAAUACGACGACGGGACUUCCUACGACGACUCCGAGUCGUAUCGGAAAACGUAUCCGACGGGUUACGUGGCGGAAUACGUCCCUUCCAUCCCCAGUUACCAGUCGGGCGGAAAGUCGCCGCAAUUGAUCGCGGCUCCCGCGUAUCAGGGAAACGAGAUCUCCCCCGUUCCGCAGCAUUAUUACGGGCCGGUGGGACCUGGCGACAUGCUGAUCCAUCUCUCGACCAAGUUCGACCUCGACGACGGAAGCGGAUACCAACCGACCCGCCCGUCCCCGAUUUCGAGUCCGGUCGACAGGGUCGAACCCGGCCGAGUCUCCCUCGCCACCGUGCCCCAGAUGGAAACCGGCGGCUGGGUCCCCAUCUCCACGGACCACGCGGCCCAAGGCAGAGAGGCCUCGGAGGGCCUGCCCCUCUCCUCUCAUGCGAAGAGAUACGCUCCUCACUUCCCUUUUCUCCCAUCCUCGACUCACGAAUCGAAACUGAUUCAAGAUGACCGGUUCCUAGAAGGAGAUGAAUGGGAAUCAGGCCCAGAAGAAAGAGAAGAGGGGAAAAGCCUCCCUUGGCAACUGCUUGAGACCCUUGCCUCACCUUUGCCUAGUCUCUCUCUUAAUGCCCAAGCAGAACUCCUGAAGACAUUUUUGGCAGGGUUGACCAAACACAGAGGGACUUUGAAUUUCCGAUUAGCACAAGAGACACUGGAAGUGUGUCGAGAUGCAUAUCGCAGGGGGCUUGGAAAUGACACACUCCAAGCUGCUGCACUCCUCCUUUCAUCACAUAUUGUUCGUGCUAUAUCACAGAAUGCUGGAAAGCAGCAAGGAGCUAUUGCUGAUAUUGUUUCUCUUCUCAAGCUUCUCUGCAAUCAAAUGAGAUCUGAAUUCAGGAAAGGAGAUGCCUGUUUCCCCUUCCUGGUGGAAUCCACUCAUGCCUUGCUGCGAGCCCUUGAUGUGGAGGCCCUGGGAGAGAGCCCAUUAUUUACCUCACUUGUGUGGCAGCAGCUUUGUCCAUGUGUUGUCUCCCUCCUGGCCCCAAGUGAUUUGGAGAAGACAUGGAAGCCUUCUUGGAUGCAGAGUGGAGUUAAUGCAAACCCAAAUCACCUUGGGAGAGGGACCAACAGUAUGGGACAUGCUCCUGCUCUCAACCACCACCUCACUCGACUUCUCUAUGGAUUACUUGAAAUUAUCCAACAAAGUGUAAACUUUUGGCUCCUUGCCACCUUUGUUUUCCAACGAAGUGUGGGGCUGGAAGUAGUGAGAUUAUCAGGAGAGACAGCAUCCUUACGUCCAGCACUGGAGUCUCUGCUUCAUCAGAUGCUUCUCUAUCCUUUGCCCUGGUGUCGAGCUGAUGCCCUGAGGACUGUAGCUUCUAUGCUAUCUUCCCCAGCUCUCCUCUUGGCCCUUGCCUCUCCUAGCCAUCGACCAGCCAAAAUGAGUCAUCACAGUAUCAAGAAGGGAGAACAUCUCUCACUCCUUAGGCUGGUUUUGGAAUCCCUUAUUGAGGGUUCAGAGUAUGAAGAAGUACAAGACUGGAGCAUCGAGAGUUGUUGUCAUCUUCUAGAUUCCUUGGAAAGCAUUGGCAUGAAGGGUCAGGGUAUAACCACUCAGCAUGUGACUGCUGUCCUUGCCAAUUCCCCCUCAAAGGACUGCCAACGCUCAGAUGAUGCAUUUAGUGAGGUGGCAAGUGAUGAAUCAAGCAUCGAAGAUGUGAAGGAGAAAGAAGAAGUAAGUAGAGAGGAAGGAUUGGAUGAAGAUUCUGAUGAUACCAGCAUGGGUUUGGUGAGUGGAGCCGAGGAGGAAGAGGAGAGGCGGAGUGCCAGGGAGUUCCUUGCUCAACUUCAACAGCAUCUUUCCAUUCUCAUUACUCUGAGAAGUACCAUUCAAGUUGAUGCCAGCUUACAGGAAUUUGCCUCUAAUUUCACCUUUGGAAUGUCCCAGCAAGAGAGUGGAAUACUCUUGAAUGCAGAUGCUGUCUAUAUAUCCUCUUAUGCAUCUCUCCUACUAUCCCUGAAACUCCAAAAAGUUGGAUUCUAUGAAGAUAAGGUUGUGAGAGUACCAUUCUCUGAGACAACAUUUGUGAGAGAAGUGUAUGGGAGUGGUGUCCUGGUGUAUGUGUCUGAAUCUUGGCUGGCUGAAGUCUAUCAAGGGGUUCUUGCUUCCACCCUCUAUGGACAUGUCCCAAACAAUCUUUUCCCUUCUUCUGCACUCUUCUCUCUCCUCUCAGACCUAGAUGGUUUGGGCUGUCAUGAGCCAGGGGGACAACUCUUGGCAGAAUUCCGGAAGUUGGAGAAGGCCUCUCUCACUGCCUCUAAUGUUGAACCUCCCUUGCAGAUUGUGGCAGGAAAGAUUGUGAGUCGAGAGCUGCUAAUGGCAUCCUGGGAUGCAAUUGUUUCCAUCCUGUCAUCUGGGAAUCAUCAUGCUGCUGCUCUUGAGGGUCUCCAAAAGGCAGCUCGAUUGGCCAAUAUUCUUGGCUUUCAGAGUCGAUGUGGGGAAGUGUUUGGCCUGAUGAUGAGGAGUGCAUUCCCUGGUGGAUUGGAUGCCCAGAAGUUCCUCCCUCUCUCACCUAUUCAGGUCCUCACCUGUGAGGUUCUCCUUUCUCGAGGUCUUGAGCUGGGAUCUCAUUGUUCUCAGUGCUGGCCUCAUCUCUUCCUGAAUCAUCAAGAAUGUGAAGACAUUGGGGACCUCUUAGACUUUCUCAGUAAGAUGGGAGUAAUGGUGAAUUCUGACCUUCCCUUGCCAUCAAGUAUAGAAGCCCCAUGCAUAAGUCUGCUUGUGGCACUUGUGGACAGGAAUCAUCAAGAAUGUGAAGACAUUGGGGACCUCUUAGACUUUCUCAGUAAGAUGGGAGUAAUGGUGAAUUCUGACCUUCCCUUGCCAUCAAGUAUAGAAGCCCCAUGCAUAAGUCUGCUUGUGGCACUUGUGGACAGAUUAUUUGAAGAAGGCUGGAGUAAACUGAACCAAAGUGCCCUGCUGUCAUUCCUGGAAUACUUGUGUGAGACAAGUAAUGAAGAGAUGUUGCAGACAGGGGAGAAGCCCAAUCUGCUUGGCACUCAUCUCCACUAUCGAGAUAGAUGGCAUGGGGCAUGCUGCCAUAGUGAUGUUCAGGUCGGGAAGAUGGCUGCAGCAUCCUUGCAGGAUAUAGUGAAUGCAUUUCUAGGAAAUGCUCGUGAACUUCCUUACUUCCACUUCCAUGAAGCCCUCUUCAAGCCCUUUGAGACCUUGCUUUCUCUUGACCUGUGUGACUCCCAUGUCCAGGAUCAUAUCCUAGGAAGCCUGAGUGGUUUCAUUGAGGGAUGCUCUGAGGAGAUCGGAUCAGGUUGGAGGCCACUGUUUGGGGCUUUGAAGGCUGCACACUCAUUUGCCAGCCUUCAAGAUGCUNUUCCUGGAAUACUUGUACAUUCCCAAUCACUUGCUAUAAUGCAUCCAGCUCUUGCCCCACACUUCUUGGAUGAGCUUCAAAUUGAUGAAUUCUUACUCCCACAGGCAUGCUGCCAUAGUGAUGUUCAGGUCGGGAAGAUGGCUGCAGCAUCCUUGCAGGAUAUAGUGAAUGCAUUUCUAGGAAAUGCUCGUGAACUUCCUUACUUCCACUUCCAUGAAGCCCUCUUCAAGCCCUUUGAGACCUUGCUUUCUCUUGACCUGUGUGACUCCCAUGUCCAGGAUCAUAUCCUAGGAAGCCUGAGUGGUUUCAUUGAGGGAUGCUCUGAGGAGAUCGGAUCAGGUUGGAGGCCACUGUUUGGGGCUUUGAAGGCUGCACACUCAUUUGCCAGCCUUCAAGAUGCUUUUAUGGCAUUCUUCCAUCUUCAGGUUCCACUUGUGUUUGCCAAUGCCUCCCUUGACUCCAUUCUCUGCCUCCUAAAGCAUCUCCUUAGUGCAACUUACAGGGUCAAAGUAUCUGAAAUGCCCCCUAUAGUAAGGACAUGUGAGGGAAGCUGUGGUUUGAUGCAGUUUCAUGGUGAGGAUACCUUGAUAGAGAAAUGGGUUUCAUUCUCUGAGUCAUCCCUCUCCCCACCUGAUCUCCAGCAUCUGUCUCUUGAGAGUCUAGACUCACCUCGACGAAUAUUGCACGUCUGGUAUGUCCUGCUAGAGGGUCUGUUGAGCUGUGUUCCACAGUGCAUCCCUGAUCUUCAGUGUUCUGUUGUUGAUCUCUUUGUCACUAUCGUCAAGGAGUUGCCUGAUGAGAGAUUCUCCUUGUACAUGGUGAAGCAUAUCUUAUUGCCAACUAUUCAGAGUUGGGUGAAAGAUCGUGGGAUCAUUCCAUCAUCAUCUUCCUGUACUCUUGGCACAUUGAGCCAUAUCCUUGGAGUCUCUACUGAGCUGGGUCUUUUUCAUCUUGCAAGACUGCAUAGCGAGAAGAAUGAAGGAGAGAGCCUCUUUCUCCUCUGGAGUUUGAUGACCCUUCUCCUGGAUUCUUUGGCACUUCCAAUGCCAUCACUCACACCCUCAUGUAUCAAGCAUGUGAAGGAGAGUGGAAUUCUGGAAGGGGAGCAGGAAUGGGAGUUGCUGGUGAGAAGCAUGGUAAUAGGAGUGGAGAUAUGUCUGCUCCCUCUCCGACAGCUCCUUCUCUGCUACCAAGCUAGGAGUGCUACUCUAUAUGGUGACUAUGCCCUCUUGAAAAUUGCUGCCUUGAAGGACCAGCCUUCUACAAAUGGACACCAGCUAGCUCUCAAGGUCCUGGAGUGGAACAUGGAGAGAAUGAUUGAGGAGAGACCAACUGAAAGAGAUGACAAGGCAUAUGGACUUCUUGUUUUCCCUCUUGAAGAUGAAGAGGAUCAGAGUGCCUCCACUCUAGAGGAAAGGACCUACAAGGUCAAGGUACCCCUUGAUGCCAUGAUUCACUCUCUCACAUCCCUUCAAAUCUUCAACCCCAAUUUACAGUCUCUCCUUAGGGAAGGAACUCUGUCAGAAUCUCAGAAGAUAUCCCUGAUGAGAGCACUUCAAUUAGUUUUUGGGGUUGGGCUGGCCCUUCAGGAUCGACCUGGGCUUAAGUUCCUCAUUCAGAAGGUAGAAGGUCUGCAAUUCCCUGCCUCCUUGUUCCCCUGCAUGCACGCAGUCUGGCCAGGAAUGGUGGAAUAUUAUAUUUCCCAUCAAAUGGGAGAGGACAUGAUGCAUUUGAUGGAUGCAGUCUUGGGGAGACUGGACUUAUUAGAGAAAGGAGAAGGGAGGAGUGGCAGUGAUAGAGAUGCCCAGGUUCGCUUGAACCCCUUCCUUGCUGACAAACUUCGACAUGAGAUCCUUGCACCUGACAUUGAAGAAGAACGUGAUGCCUCUCUUCUCAAGGAGCGGCAAGUCGAAAUUGCAUUCUGGAAAGAGCUGCUGAGAGAUGUUGUUAAGUGUCUCAAAUCUGAUUCUCAGAGCCAGAAGAAUGAAGAACUUCUCAACACUCUCUUGUCUCAGUUUCAUCGAACAAAAUUGCUCUCAGAUCUGCAAUGAUAUUUGCAAUUGACAACUCUGCCUUGUCACAGUGACAAGGAAUGGGGUUGUUUCAGAGGAGAUGGAAAAUAUUGGAUUGGUGGUCUAUCAUUUUUUGAUUGCAUAUCUAUAUAAUCUGAGUCUGUUAUUUUUUUUAGAUUUUAUUUUCAAUUGUGGUAUGAAGAAUAAUGUCAUAUUUAUAUCAAGAUGUGAAUUUUUGUCCAAGCAUCAUUGUAUUUAUUUUGGACUCAGGGGCAAUGGAGACUAUCGUACCUGUGUGCAUUCAUAAGUGUGAAAGAAUAUGACUGUGAAGAAAAUCACUGGUUUUCCAGUCUUGUGAAUCUCCUG